UCCCGGAAGUAGAUGAGAGCGGCGUUGCCAUGGCGGCGUCUCUGGGGCAGGUGCUGGCUCUGGUGCUCGUGGCCGCUUUGUGGGGUGGCACGCAGCCGCUGCUGAAGCGGGCCUCCGCCGGCCUUCAGCAGGUUCAUGAGCGGACCUGGGUCCGGCAGUUGCUGCAGGAGAUGAAGACCCUUUUCUUGAAUUUUGAGUACCUGGUGCCCUUUCUCCUCAACCAGUGUGGCUCCCUUCUCUACUACUUCACCCUGGCAUCAACAGAUCUGACCCUAGCUGUGCCCAUCUGUAACUCUCUGGCCAUUGUCUUCACGCUGAUUGUUGGGAAGGUCCUUGGAGAAGAUAUUGGUGGAAAAGGAGCAGUCGCUGGCAUGGUGCUCACCAUGACAGGAAUUGCACUUUGUAUCACAAGCUCAGUGAACAAGACCCAGAGGCCACCAUCUACCUUUUGAGUGGACCAACCCCAGCUUCCAGCUCUGCUAUCUCCAGGAAACCCCUGGGCCAAGGUGCAGGCAAUGAGCAGAUGGACCAAGAACUUGCCCUCUCUGAGCCUCAGUUUCCUCAUCUCUUAUGGGGAUAAUAGCUACCUCGUGGAUCACAGUAAGAGAACAGCAGUAAAAGGGUUUUGUAAUCUUCAAGUGGUGUUCAGCUGUUGGGAUUUUGCAUGGGACACUUCAUACUCACCCUCAGCAGCUCUCUGCCUCAACAGCUCUUCUGCUAAAAUCUCAGGUCAUUAUUACCCAACCACUGUUACCCUGGCCUGCUCUGGACCAUCAUGGUGGCAGAUUACAUGGACUGCAGAGGCCCAGCUACAUGGAAAAGACCAGCUGCCGUGAUGCAGUCUCGAAGCCAGAAAUGUGACUGGGAUACCUCCAGCGCUCAGUGCCUUGGUGACUUGGGGGAGCAACUGAGGAGAAGAGGGUGCAUCAGAAUGUAGAUAUAGGACGUAUGAACUCCAUUAGCCUUGCCUUUCCCACCUAUGAGGUGGGCAGAAAUGCUUACCUGCCAGCCCCUCUCAAGACAGGUAGACAACUGAGCCCCAGCAUCACCUAACUGUAGUAUCCAGUACAAUACCUGGCCAGUAGCAGCCUUCAAUAAAUCUGUGCUAAACAGGUUA